UAACUGAGGUUGGUAUAAUAAUAGGUAAACAAAAAGUAUUAAAUGGCAACACAUCAAUUGAACGAGUGAAAACGUGACGAAUGAAUGAACUCAGUUCAGUGGCGGGAAUCGGGAACAGUUUGACAGAUUGACAAAAUAUUUUCACAACAAACAAAAUAGUGGUUGAAGUUGAUGGAAAUCACAUAAAUUGAUCAAUCAAAUAAAGAAAAUGAAGAAUGUGUCGUCUAUUAAAUCCGAUUCCGCUAACUCUCCGAAAACUCCUGGCGGGAUCAGUAAAUCUCUUUUAACUCCAUGUCGAAGAGUUGGUCUUUCACGGAAUUGGAGAAACAAGGGACCUUCGCCGUUUAUAUCGCCUCUAUCUGGAAGCACUCCGACUUUAAGAGAAGUAAAUAAUGAUACGAGGAAGCGAAAAUCUCUAGUUUUAGACGAUAAUGUUGAAAAAACUCCCGAAGUAUCUGACGUUGACAACACAAGUGAAUCUCUAAUGGAGCAAACUAGCGAAAUUGAUAAAACCCCGUCUAGAAAUGUUCAAUUGCCUCGUAAAAAGAAAUCCAAGACAUUAUUAUCAGCUAUAAACCGUUCUCAAGAGGAUGUAAGUGCUAAUUUAGAAGAAACUAAUGAAACCAGUGCAAUAGUCGUAAAGGAAGAUACUUCUAAGGACAUAAAUGUUCAAAAUAUCGAGAAUAUUGAAGAAGUUUCCACUCCAGUACGAACUAAGUCGAAAAAAUCGAAAAAGCAGUCUCCAAGAUUAAAAGCUCUUUCUAAAAACAAUAAAAAUUUAGAUUCAGCAUCAGGAGAGUGUGGCAAUGAAACAGAUCAGACAAAUGAUAUUAAAAUUCCUGUUGAAACUGAAAAAUGUGAUGAUUCUAAAGAUACAGAAUACAAGAUCAAAGAAAGAAGUCCGAAUGACUUAAGAAAAGAGUGUAUAGUUGUCAUACAAAGAAAGAUAUUUAAGAAAACCGAAGAUAGUCAUAAGGAUACAAAGAAAAUUGAAGAAAAGCAAGAUACCUCUACCUCCCAAGCAUUAUUUGAUUCUGAUUCAGAUGAAAUACCUCUAAAUGAAUUAAAUUCAUCAAAAACCAAGCCAGAGAAAGCUAAUAAAGAACAAAAGAAACCUAUAAAAGAGAAUGUUGUUGAUAUUACAGAAGAUGAUGAUUUUGUAGACAAAUCAACCAAAGUUAAUGUUAGCAAAGUAAAAGAGAAAGAAACCAAAUCUCCUAAACAUAAAUUAAAAACGAAUAAACCCUUAAAACUUAAACCAGAAAAGGUUAAGCCACAACCUAAACCUUCUUCACAAAGCUCCUACGAUGAUGAUGAUGACGACUUUGAUACCAACAAAAAAACUAUUAUAAUCAGAAAAACGUAUGAAAAAGUUGGCAAACCUUUAAAAGCUAAAUCUACCGGCUCCAUAACUCAACAAGACAUUGAUGAAUUAAAAGCUAGAAUAGAGACAAAGAAAAAGCUCCUUUUAGCCCAAUCUAUAAACCCAGAAACAGCAGAAUUAAGAAAUUUAAUAAAGAAAUGGCAAAAAGGAUGUCAAAAUGCUUUGAUGGAACUUUUAGAGCUAAUGAAAACUAAGUUUCAUGAUAAACAGGACAUGGACUAUGCGGAAAUGUUAAGGACUUUGAAAAUACCACCGUCUUUAGUCGGUUACGAUGCUGAAAAUGAUUGUUUUAAUGAACCGAGUGAUGCUAGCAUUAUCUUAGGUAAAUUUCAGGAUUUAUAGUUAUUAGUUAUGUUAUUUUAAGAGUUAUUUAAUUUAAUAUUAAAGUUGUUAUUGUAAAAUUUAAAACUGUAUUUUUCUUAUAUGUACACAGUUUUUGGAAUAAGUUUAAGUGUCUGUAAUGACCUUAUGCAAUAAGUUAUGUUCUAAUGGUUGUU